GAUGAUUAUUGCAGAAUCGGGUUAAUUGUAUUAAUCCAUUAAAUUACUUGGUUCUGGUUCCUUCGGAUCUGUUUAUUUGGUCAAGGAACUAAAUAGUAAAUAAGAAUAUGCAUGCAAAAUUGUACAUAUGAUGAUUUCUAUAUAUUUAGAUAUCCAAAGCCCAUAUUUAAAAGUAUGAUGCCAGUUCCAUGAUAUAAAAUGAAAUCAACAUUCUUGUUUCUUGCAAUCACAAAAACAUUGUUAGACUACAUUCGUAUUGGGAAGAUUGUAACAACAUUUAUAUACUUCUUGAAUAUUGCAGUAAAGGACAUCUCAUUGAUCCGAAAACUCCUUUCAAUGAUGAUGAUGUGUUUCAAGUAUUUCAUUAAAUUCUUGAUGGAGUCAAUUAUUUACAUUAAAAUAACAUCAUACAUAGAGAUUUGAAAGUAAGUAAUAAAUCUAAAUAAGUUUGAAAAUAUUUUAAUACAUGAAGAUGGUACCUUAAAAUUAUGUGAUUUUGGUUGGGCUAUAAAAGUUGAUUAGAAGUCAGUUCCAAAUGUAAUGUGUGGAACUAUUGAAUAUAUGCCGCCAGAAGUUGUAUCGAAAUCUUCACUUGAUUUCAAAUUAGAUGCUUGGUCAUUAGGAGUUAUAUUAUAUGUAUUUAAUCAUUAUAUGUAGGUAUUAUUGUAUGGCAAAUUCCCUUUCUAAGGAGAUAAUUAAGAUCAAUUAAUAAGAAAUAUAUUAUUUGAUUAAUUGAUAAUACCAAGCAGAAAUGACAUAAAUGAAGAUCUAACGAAUUUAAUUUAAGCAUUAUUAAUUAAGAAUUCUCAAUUAAGACCAAGUAUUGAAUAAAUUUACCUAUGUAAAUGGAUGAAAUUAAACAUGAAAUCACAUAAUAUUUUUAAUCAUUACGAAAAUGAAUAACUUAAGUUAAAAGUUAAAUAAAAAAAUAUCACUUUAAAAGUUGUAAAUAAUUCAUUAUAGUAAGAUUAUAUUAUUAUUAUAAUUAGUUCUACUCCAAAUAAAAAGAUGGUAAAUUCUAAUUAUGUUGAAUCCAAAAAUGAUUUUGAUCAUAAACCAACUUCAUUUGGAAAAACACAUAAUAGUUGUAGAACUAUCAAAUCAAUAUCGAUUAACCCUUCUCCAUAAAUUCGUUAGAUAGAUAAAUUUUUUAAUUUCUUAGAAAAUAUACAAAAAUUUUGA